AUGUUAUUACCUGUGUCUCGAGUAGUAACGCGAGGUUCCGUUCGUCGAGGAGGCUCUUUAUUUCGUAGCUUUGCCUCGGCGUCUACUUCAGACUCAGUCAAUUAUACACUCCCCAAUACCUCAUUUAAAACUUAUGAAUGUGAUCCACCUUCACUCGAAAUUGAAGUAAAAAAAAAUGAUGCACUUGAAAUGUACAAAAAUAUGGUUUUAAUACGUAGAAUGGAAACUACUGCUGAUAAUUUAUACAAGAUGAAGAUGAUUAGAGGCUUUUGUCAUUUGUGUACUGGUCAAGAAGCUGUGGGAGUGGGUAUGGAGGCUGCUAUUACGCGUGAGGAUGCGAUCAUAACUGCUUACCGUUGUCAUGGCUAUACUUUGCUGCGUGGUGGAACUGUUCAUCAAAUUCUUGCUGAGCUUAUGGGCCGUUCUACUGGUAUUUCUAAAGGAAAAGGUGGUUCUAUGCACAUGUUUGCAAAAAAUUUUUAUGGUGGCAAUGGUAUUGUUCCAGUAGGUGCUGGUAUAGCUUUUACCCAAAAAUAUUUAGGUGUAAAUAAUGCUACAUUCAUCAUGUAUGGUGAUGGUGCCGCUAAUCAAGGUCAAGUGUUUGAAGCCUUUAAUAUGGCAAAACUAUGGGAAUUACCUGCCAUAUUUGUUUGCGAGAAUAAUUUAUAUGGCAUGGGAACCUCUGCUGCUAGGAGUUCUGCAAAUACGCAAUAUUAUACCCGAGGUCAAUAUAUUCCAGGUAUUCAGGUAAAUGGUAUGGAUGUACUAGCAGUAAAGCAUUCAUGUGCGUGGGCAAAAGAAUGGACUUCAAGUGGUAAAGGACCAUUAGUAAUGGAAAUGGUAACAUACCGUUAUGGGGGUCAUUCGAUGUCAGAUCCUGGUACAACUUAUCGUACACGAGAGGAAAUUCAACACAUGAGAAGUACGAAUGAUCCUAUCACUGGUUUGAGGUUAAGAAUCUUGGAAUUUGGGUUUGCAACAGAGACUGAUUUAAAGAAUUAUGAAAAAGAGGCUCGUACAAUUGUAGAUGAGGCAGUUGCAAAAGCACAAAAAGAUCCACUUCCUGAUGAAUCUGAGAUCUGGACCGAUAUAUACUUUAAAGGUACAGAACCUGAUGUCAUUAGAGGAAGAGAACGUGAAGAGAUCGGUGUUUUGCAUUAG